AUGUAUGCCAGUGUAGCUUUCCCAUCAGUUCUCAGUGCUCUUCCAGGUACUGAAAGGCUGAACAACAUGCGUAUAUAUGGCUUCGCAGGGGCACACCAUCGUUUAGCCGGUGUCGUAGUCGCCUUCAAUUAG